GGAAGGGGAAGGAGCGGCUGCUUGAAAGACGUCGAGGGAGGCUGCGUGUGUUCUCUUUGCAGUGUGCGUCGGGGGUGUGGUUGGGAGGAAGGGCAGGCUGUCGCCCCGUUACCCUGCUUCGCAUCUCGGGGAUUCCUGUACACCGCCAUGAGCUUUCGGUUUCACCAGUACCAGGUGGUAGGGCGGGCCCUGCCCACUGCCACCAAUGAGACCCCGAAGGCUUACCGCAUGAAGCUAUGGGCCACUAACGAAGUGCGCGCCAAGUCGAAGUUCUGGUACUUCCUGAGGAAGCUGCAGAAGGUGAAGAAGGCUCACGGCCAACUCCUUGCUAUCAAUGAGAUUUUUGAGAAGUAUCCCACCACCAUCAAGAACUAUGGUAUCUGGGUGCGUUAUCAGAGCCGGACUGGCUACCACAACAUGUACAAGGAGUACCGUGACCUUACUCUCAAUGGAGCAGUAGAGCAGAUGUACGAUGAGAUGGCUUCUCGUCAUCGGGUGCGUUUUCCAUGCAUCCAGAUCAUCAAGACAGCGACUAUCCCGGUUUCUCUUUGCAAGCGUGUGAACACUAAGCAGUUUCACAAUUCUAAGAUUAAGUUCCCAUUGACCACCCGUAAGAUCCGCCCACCAUCCAGAAGCCUGAAGACCACAUACAAGGCAUCGAGGCCCAACACUUUUGUGUAAUCAUGCUGUAGGGUAUGGUUCAUACCAUGUGUAGUGGCUAAAGAUGUUAUCCUAUGUGCCUCAUAUCGAUAUUAGUGAAGCUUUGGAGUCGCCUCGUGCUCAAAGGAAACAUUGCAGUUUCUCAUAUAAUUCUCCACACAAUUGCUUGGAUUUGUAUAUAUUUUAAUUGUUUCGAUGUCUUUAAGCUUCC